UUUUUUAUACUCGUUCAAACUUCAAAGUAUUGAAUUACACUAUGUAUCAAGCACAAGAAACAUAGUAGUGAAUUGAACUUUACACUUUAAUUGAAGAAAAGGAGAGGUCAUAUGAUAGAUAGCAUUAAAAGAGUUUCCAAACUAUUCAAAAAUUCCCCUCCAAAUUCCCAAAAAGCGCAUGGAAGUCGAAACAACACUCUGUUUCCCUCGUGAUUCUCAUUAAUACAUUCCUCCCUCUCCCUUUCUCUCUCUUUCUUCAAUCCCGAUGGACGGCGGUGGUGGAGUGGGAGCAUGAUGCAUCAGGAUCAAGUAUCUGUCUCCGCGGAGAGUCAUGGCUCGGUUGUUUCCUUCGCCGGUUAAGGUCAAAGGGAAGAAGAAGAAGGCUAUGGCCGAAGAACGUGUAAGAGACUGUGACUGCGAGAGGAUCAUAAAUGAUCAUCAUGGAGUUGGCCAACUUUCAGAUUCGCCGCCACGGACGAUCGAUUCCGAAUUGCGAAGAAGGGAGUUUUUGUUCAGCAUUGGGAUGAGUUGUUACUUGCUGCAUCUGAUUGCUACUGGAAGAGAAGAGAUUCACAAGAUAGUCGAGCUACGUAACAAUAUAGAGAAGCUUCUUGAAUGCAAGAACGAUGAAAUGAGGCGAAAACAUCAAGAGUUUGUUGAGUUAAGGAACGAAAUAGACAAGCUAUUACAAAAUCACAAUGAUGAUUUGAGGCGAAAACAACAACGGUUUGUCUCAGGGAAGCAAGAGCAGAGUGACGUUGUGGAAACUUCUAGUGAUUACUAUUACUCUCCACAGUUAAUGGAGACGUCUUUGGCUGUUGGAGUUGAAGGUUCUUUUAAACAUUAUGUAUUUAAGGGAAAGGGAAAAGAUUUUGUAGGAGACAUGGAUCAGCUUGAAGCAGAACUUGAAGCCGAGUUUGAGCUUCUUCAGAUUGGUCACAACCAAGAGAAGAGUGAAGAUUCAAGAGGAAUAAGGCCAUUGGAGGAACAACAAGGAGUGUGUCCUUAUGAGUUAGAGAAGAGGCUACAUGAGCUAAUAGAAAUAAGACAAGAAGAGAAGAUAAAUGAGCUGGAGAAUGCAUUGGAAAAUGCUAAGAAAAGGCUUCAUGUGAAGGAGGCUGAAGCUUCUUGGUGGAAAGACAUUGCUUGCAUUGUCUCUGAACACGUUCCUCAACCUUCUAGAAUCAACCCCAGCUCUCAAACUCGUCAGUACCCUCUCUCUAGGUAAGAAAUUUGGUGUUUCAAGUUUUAUUACACAACAAAGAGUGUUUGUAUUUUUGUGGAUAAAUAUGAUGUUAUUUAAUGGAUGCUUUAUUUUUCCAAUUUGCUGUGGAGCAAGAGAUAUUGAAAGACAUGCCAAUUCCUGCAAUGUGUUCUUCUUGGGAUGAAAAUUUGUAAAUAUUUUUCUGAAUAUUAUAUUUUUCUGUUAGAUA